ACGGUUCUUUAUCACACCUUCUCGUCCUGUGUCGUGAAUUGUGCACGUAUUGAAAAGCACUCAACGAAUUACUCAUUUGAAUUUCAUAGUUAUAUAUCUUUGCUCGUGAUCCAACUUGAAAUUCAACACGUUAAUCAUGGAACACCAUGGCAACAAUCCACCACCUUAUUCUGCAGGAGUCCCCCAGCAACAAUACCAGCCCGUGCAGGUUUACAUGACUAGCCCUCCUCCACCACCUGGACCAACCGUCGUACAAGUUGAAGUUGUGCCAUUGGCGGGAAGGUGCGGAAGGUGUCAGAUUGGAGUUGUGCGAGAACAUUUCACUUUGUGUGGAUGGUUAUGGGCUAUAUUCUUUUUCCCAAUCGGAUUAAUUUGUCUCUUUACAAUGAGGCUCAACAGCUGUAACAGAUGCGGUGCAAUCUAUUGAUCGUUGCCAAAGCUGUUUAUCUCUACUGCAACUGCUCUGAAAGGAUAUCUGCAACAUUGAAUUAUAAAAAAAACCUAAAAACGUUAACGCUAAAUCAAAUAAACAGAUGCUACCUA